CAAGGAUCAAAAAUUCAAUUAAAAGGUUCACGCUGCCUUCUGAUUUUUCAGGUUGCCAACUCGGAUACGCCAAGGCUACCAACCUUAAAGGAACUCAUUGGUUAUCAAACAUACGAUUAUACGACAACACCUUCUUCGAUAUUAUUAAAUUUACUUCUUACACUUGAUCAAAAUGUGCAACAUGAUCUGCAGAAUGUAGAAAAUGAUCAAAUUAAAUCAAACGUUAAAACGAUCAAGACAAAUUUGUACGAAUCGAUUGACAAUGUUCAGAAGAAUUCCUUCAAUCAUGAACUUACUGACAUUUUUAAGGAAAAUGACGAACAGGGCAAUGACAUUGAUGAUAAAUCUUCAAUAGAAAGAAAAAGAAAAACUAGAAUCGAUCAUGCUGCAUCUUCAUUAAAACCGACAACUAUGAGGGGUACACCAAUCAUAAUUACAACACCCAAAACAAUAACUCGAGGCUUUUAUGUGACUAAAGGGGAUAUCGAAAUUACCACCAUGAUUAAUCCAACGACACAAAUGUUAAUGGAAAAAACUGAUCCUGUAAUAACAAAUAAUGAAACGAUUCUAUCGAAGAUGAUAAAUGAACAAGAUAAUAUUUUAAUGACUGAUGAUUUAUCUGAAGAUAAUUCAAUUACAAGUAGAACAACAUUUGAUGAUUCGGAUAAACAAUAUUCAGAGUAUUCAAGUGUUUUUACUAAAUUGGAACAAACAACACCAUUAAUAAUGACAACAAAUAUUAGCCAGGAUGUAACACAAAAUGAUGGGAAUUUGUUUAUUGUUAAAAAUGAUUUAUCUACGUCAGGAAGAAGAACAAUUGGGUAUAGUGAUGUUACAACUCCAUUGUAUAGAUCUCAUACAAAUUUAAUAGCAGAUACAACUACUGAAUUGAAUACAAAUUCAGAAACUAAAACAAUACCAACAGAUUACACUGUAUCAACUGAAUCUGGUAAUACUAAAUUUGAUAUAACAAUUCCAGAGACAAUUACUCCAGUGUUAAAUACUUUAAAUACACCUGAAAUUGCAAUUGACAAUAAUCAAGAAGAAAAUGAACUCGAUAAUGUUUCAUCAACAAAAUUAACGAAUGAUCAAAGUAAAAUCAACGCUGUUGUUUCUGAUCAAAAUAUUGUAAUAUCUGAUGAUACUUCAGAAACACAAAUUACAACACCAAAUACUGUAGCAACCUUUGAAACGAUUACAGCAAGAAAAGAAAUAGAAUCUACAAGGUGGGAUAAUAUGGAAACAACAACGAUGAUUGGACAAAGUAAAAAUGGUAUUUUAGAUGAAUUUGACAUAGGUACAACAAUCCAAGAAAAAUUAACAGAUGUCGAUGAUAAAAUUGUUUCUAAAUCUGAUCGAAAUUUUCAACAAAGAAAAAUCUUUACCACGAGUACAACAACAGUUCCUUCCUCAAUUUUAUUAUCUUCGCAAAUUCCUCAAACUACUUUGAGUAAUCAAAAAAACAAUAUUCAUCGUAGACGACAAAGACAAAGAAUAAUUGUUCUUAAUAAUCAAUUUGGUCAAAGAAGAAGACCUAAUUUAAAUCGUCGAGUGAUUGAAGAUGAACAUACGACUAAAGUUGAAUCAAACAAUCCUAAACGUAUAGUAGUAUACCGUAAAAGACAACGUAAACCAAUUAACGACAAUUCUUUCACUACAGUAGCAAGUAAUUCAGUUACCGUCAAUGAUGUUGGAUCCAAAGUGAUUGAUAAUAAAACUCGAAGAUCAAAAUUGGUUAUCAAGAGGCUAAAAAUCAACCGUAAACAACACAAGGAAGAAGAAGAAGAAGAAGAAGAGGAUGAGGAGGACGAGGAGAGUGUCCCAUUGGAAAAAACAAAUACCCUUCGGGAUUCUCCUCUGGUCACGGAUUAUACUGAAAGACCCGUGGACGAGGGUACUGUUUCGAAGAACUCGGGAUCGUCUUCUAACAGGACGCCAGGAAGUAUUCUUCUGGCCAACAGAAUAAGAAAACCAAAUCCAUCCUCUUCGCUGUCGAGUAUUUUAUCAACGAACAAACGUCCUACGGUACUACUAGGGGAUAAUCGAAAGGGUCGACCUAGCGAGACAACCCUUUCUUCACCGACAACAACGAUAGUCGGGAUCAUUGUUUCAGACUUAUUCAAUGAUGAUGAUGCAACAGUGAAGCCGGAACAAUUCGUUGAAGAUGAAAGGGCUGAGAUAAGUGAUCAAAAUGGCCGAGCACAAGAGCUCGCAGUUACACUGGCUGAUCCGCCUACUUUGCAGUCUUCAUCCAACACCGGUCGAGUGCCGUUAAGGGAUACCUUAAGACGCAGGAUAAGCACAACGGUAGCACCGCGAACAAAUUUUCCAAGAAGUAGUUCGACGUCCUUGAGAUUCAGCACAGUACCAAAGACACGACAAAAAACAUCGACGACGACGACGACGACAACGACGAUGACAACUACGAUAAAUAGGAGGAAGGAAGGAACAACGAGAAGUUCGACAAUUAGACCAAGAAGGCCACAAAUUAUUGAUUAUGAUUAUUACGAAGAUGAGGAUACACCUAUAGUUGAAAAAGCAAUGUACAAUGGAAAAUUAUUUCUCACAAAUACUGGUACUAUACGGUGUCUCGAUCAAGGAAACUUUCCUCAUCCUGUAUCUUGUAAAAAAUUUAUUACCUGUGCUAAAAUGGUCAACGGGUUGAUCAUCGGUGCGGAAUACACGUGUCCUGACAAAUUAUCCUUCGAUCCUGUCGGUGGUAUUUGCAAUUGGUCAGCAGGACUUGGUUGCAAGGAAUAAAAAAACCCCGCGACUAUUUUCAAACGAACGAACAACACUCACUGACUGAACGGUAUCAACUUCAGGAUGGUACAUUAGCGCCCUCUAGAGUAGGCGCGCUAAUUUUCAAACUAGACGAAGAUUAUUUUAAAAAACACGAUAAUAUCGUUUAACCAACACGAAUUGUUUGAGUAAUUAUUACUUGAACAAAAUAUGCGUAUCAUGACAAUUUAUACUUAUAAUUCGAUCCAGUCGCUGGAUUUAAUUGUAGAAAAUAAGAGCGGGUAUUUUCAAAUGAUUCAAACAUUUAAUUGAUACGACGUCAGCGCUCUUUUAGUAAAAUGGCGGUAAUUUUUAAACGAUCGAAAUUCAUUGAUUUUUCUUUUCUCUUCUUUUUUUUUUUUCUCAAAAUCGUUUAACACGAAUCGUUUUUUUUUUUUUUUUAAUAGUUAUAAUAUAACGUGCGUUAUAUCCUACGUAGCCAUAAUUACAUAAGUGGACGACGAAGAAUGGUGAUAUUACAAUUAAUAGAAUCUCUCGCUCUUUUGUAAAUAUUAUUAAUAUUUUAGUGUAAAUAGCGUGGGAUAUUAAAAGAUUUCUCUCG